UGGGGAGCAAAGCCGCGCAGGUUUCAUUUCGCUCCGCGCAGCCUCCAGGUUUCGAGCUUGCAGGAGCGCUGCGUCCCUCGUCGCCGCCGCCGUCACCAGAUUCUCUCAGCCUCCCUGAGCGCCCUGCCCUCUGAGGCCAGCAUCACUUCAGACUGUUGGAUUCGCCUCGCUCCCGCCGCCGCCGCCGCCGCCGCCACCGCCUCGGUGCCCUUCCCCUGGCUCUAGUCCCCCCAAUGUCUGACUCUGAUUCUCGGACCGAGAAACGCAAGAAAAAAAGACCAAAUGGCAAAGCAACCUUCCGAUGUAAGUUCUGAGUGUGACAGAGAAGGUGGACAAUUGCAGCCUGCCGAAAGGCCUCCUCAGCUCAGGCCUGGGGCCCCCAUCUCUCUACAGACAGAGCGGCAAGGUAAUCCCGAAGGAGAAGGGGACCGCUGCCCCCAAGGCAGCCCACAGGGCCCACUGGCCCCACCGGCCAGUCCCGGCCCUUUCGCUACCAGAUCCCCGCUUUUCAUCUUCGUGAGAAGAUCUUCCCUGCUGUCUCGAUCCUCCAGUGGGUAUUUCUCUUUUGACACAGACAGGAGCCCGGCACCCAUGAGUUGUGACAAAUCAACACAAACCCCAAGUCCUCCUUGCCAGGCCUUCAACCAUUAUCUCAGUGCGAUGGAGGAUGGCGAGCAGCAUCUGUGUUUCCCCAAUUCAGAGAGCAACAGUCCUCUUCGUCUGGCUCCACACCCCAUGCCCUGCAGUGCUUGUUUCUACAAGGUCUGUCCUGGGUUUGCAGGAGGAACCAGAGAACCUUUGUGGGUCUCUUGGAGGGGAACUUGAACCCACUGGAACGGACAUGGACCAGCCCCUCUCUGGAGAAAAGCACCACCACGCUGUACAGUAAUUAAUUUCUGCAGCCCCCAAGGCCUUGUGCGUGGUCGUCUGCACUGGCUGUGUCGAGCUGGACAGACCCCCACCCCUUGUUUUGCACUCUUAUCUUUGUAGGGUCACCAGCCUCUGGGUUUCCACCAUGCUUCGUGCCCAGACUCAAUGUACCACAGGGGGGUUAUUGCACCUGUCACCUCUGUGUUUUGCUCCUCCUUGGGCUCCUGCAAUGCUGUUGGUCUGUAAGGAUUGCCACCAGCAUGCAGGAACACCCCAGGGUCACAGCCUGGCAUUUGGGGCACUUUUCUAAUAUCUUCUACUCCUGUACACUUAUCUUUACUGGAACAUCUCACCAGACACACAGAACCCUCUGUACACUUCUCUUGGGGAAAAAUUUCAAAUACAUGAACAAGUGGAGAGAAGAAUAUGACAAAUAUCUAUGCACCCCCAUGGCUUCAUUAAGUCAAUAUUUUGCCACAUUUGUUUCAAGCCUUAAAAAAAAAUUAGUAGGUAAACAUUAUAGACACAGCUGAUGGCCUCCUUGAUCCCAUUGCCCAUCCCUCUUUCUCAGAGACAGCACGACCAUGAAUUUAGUGUAUAUUCGUCUCAAGCAUGGUUUUUAGAUUUCCCUAUGGUGUUUGUCCGUAAAUAUUACAUAGUACUGUUUUGCAUGUUUUUAAAUUUUAUGCAAAUCUACCCUACGGUAUAUAUCCCUGUGAAACUAGGUUUUGUCCUUCACCAUUGUCUUUAGGUUUACCCAUGAAGGUAUGAGUUGCUUUCACUUGUUUAUUUUAACUGCUGUAUAAUAUUCUAUUGUAUGAAAGUAUCACUUUGAAUUUAUCUAUUUCUUAUUGAUGAUUUUCCAGUUCCGUUUCAGCUUUUCACUGGAGUCACAGACAAGGCUGCUGUGAAUAUUUACGCAUGUGAAUUUCCCAUUGUGGAUCCCCACCCUCCAAAGAGAUGGCCCCACUCUACAUCAUCAGCACAGAAUAAAGUCCCAGUGCUCCCUGUUCAUGCCAACACUUGGUACUGGCACACAGACACUUUGGCCAAUCGGAUGCAUAAGAGUUUGUGAUGGUCCAUUUUAUGUGUCCGUUUGGUUGGGCCUAUUCUUGAUGUUUCUAGGUGGGUGUUUCUCCAUGUUCCUGUUUUAAAUGGUGGACUUUGAGUAAAGCAGAUUGCCUUCCAUAAUGUGGAUUAGCUUCAUGCAAUCAACUGAAGGCCUGGAUAGACCAAAAGGCUGACUUCCCCAAGCAAGCAGGGAUUCUCCAGCAAUCUGCUCUUCAGACGUCACCUGCAACAUCAGCUCUUCAGACUUGAACUGCAGCAUCAGCUUCUCCCUGGGUCUCCAGCCUGCUGGUCCACCCAGCCUCCAUAAUCAAUGAGCCAACCCCUUAAAAUAAACCUCUUUCCAUACAUACGCACAUCCUAUCGGCUCUGUUUCUGGAGAACCCGAACACAGAGAUGGUAUCUCUUUGUUGUUUGAGUUUGCAUUUGUCUGUUUACCAGUGAUGUUGACCAUCUGAUCAAAAUUCGUUUGACAUUUGGAUUGCCUCAUCCAGGACUUGUCCUCAUCUUUGCCCAUUACUUUUAUGGAGCCAUUUUUUUUUCUCAGUGAUUUGUAGGUGUUCUAGAUUCUGACCCUUUGUCAGUUACAUGACUGCAUUGCAAGCAUCUGUAUCUGACUUGACAUUUAACCUUUUUUAUAAACAAUGUUUUUAAAAAAUUAAUGUAGUUCUGCUUACCCUAAGUAGUCUAUUACUUUUUGCAUUAAUGUUUGUCUUCUUGUAACUAGUUUGAGAAAAUAAUUUCUUACUCUGAGUUCCUAAAGAUAGUUUUCUAUAUUUUCUUCUAAAUUGUUCAAAGUAGUGGCUUUUUACACUUAGGUAUUUAAUAAACAUAGGAUUUAUUUUUGCAUGUGUUGUGAUGUAAGUAACUAACUUAUUCUUAUAGGGAUAACCUAUUACUUCCAGGCUAUUUAUUGAAUGAGCUCACCUGUCCCUUUUUUUUUAAACUACUCUGUAAUGAUCCUUCUGUCAUAAAUCAAAUUUCCGUAUGCAUAGGUCAGUUUCUGAGUGCUCUAUUCUUCUAUUGAUCUAUAUGCUAUCUCUGUACCAAUAUUUCACUAUCUGCAUUAUCAUAACUUUAUAAUUAGUCUUGAUGGUUAUCAGCUUUUGGAAUUUUACGAAAAAUACCCUUUGUGAUUUUGGACAAAAUUGUAUUGAAUUUAGAGAAUAAUUAGGGGAUGACUGACAUCUUUGUUAAAGUCUAGUUUUCCAUUCAAGAACAUGAUAAAUCACUCCACUUUUUAAUACUUUUUCAUUUUCUUUAGCAGUACUGCAAAGUUUUCUCCAAAAAAAAAGCCUCCCCAAACCAAAUCAAAACCAAAACAACUUGCACAUCUUUUGUUAGAUGCAUGCAGAGAUAUCUUAUAGCUUUAGUUGCUAGUAUAAAUGAGAUUUUCUUCCUGUUAUAUUUUCUAAUUGGUUUAACUACUGCAUAAAAUAGUGCUAAUUGUUGUGUAUAGAUAUGACAUCUAGCAUAUUUGCUGAAUUCUCUUUCCAUUGGACUAGCUUAUUUGAAAAUUCUCUUGAAUGUUCUAUAUAGAUUAUUAUAUUUUCUGCAAAUAAGGACAUUUUUGCUUCUUUUUUGGUCAAUUUUAUUUUUAUUAUCUCUUUCACUCGCUUUAGUGCCCUCAGUGAGGCUUCUGGGUACUGAUAAUGGACAUCCUUGUCUUUGCUCCUGAUGCUGAUGGGAAGAUAUCUUUGAUCACAUAAUGGAAGUCCCCUAUCAUUUCUAUUUUGAACACUCACCUCAUUCACUUUAAAUCUCUUAUGUUUUAGAAAUAAAUUCAUUCAUUUAUUUGUUUGCUUCUAAGUAUACUUUCAGUUGCCAAAUUGUUGAAUUUUGAUACGCAAUACUUUUAUUGUCAGUCUAUCCCAAGGAAAUUUCAUUUGUAAUUUUCUCUUUAAUCUAUGAAUAAUUUGAGUUCCCACACAUACGAGUUUGAGACUAUGUUUUUAGUAUUGAUUUAUAAUUUAAUUGGCUUGUGUUUAAAGAAUAUAAUCUGUGUGAUUUUGGUGAAUUCUAGACAUUUGUUCAGUCUUUCUUUGUGACCUAGCGUGUGGUCAAAUUUUCAAAUGAUCUAUGUAUCUUCAAAGAAAAUGAUGACAAUUUUUCUUUGGUUGCAGACUUUUAUACACACACACACACACACACACACACACACACAUACAUGAAAUAAUGCCCAUUAAUUUUUUUUUCUAAAUCCUUUAUAUCCUAAUUUUUUUCAGCUGCUUGCUGUAUUAAUUCCUGGUGAAGUUAGAUGAGUCAAAAUCUUUGACUUGUAAUUCUGUAAAUUUGCUUACUAUAUUUUGAGGUGUGUAUACAUUAGAUGAGUCUACAUUUAGAACUAAGAUGGCUUCUGAUCUGAUGUCUUGAUAUUAUGUGGUUUCUCUUCUUCUAAUUUGUCUCUUAUUGCUAGCAGUGACCUAGUGUAUAUUUUUCUGUCCCUCUAUUUUAAAUAGCCUUUCUGUGUGGUUUUGUCUUAGAUGGUAUCUUGGAAGCAGGAUAUAAUGGGACUUUUUAGAGGAAUCCAAUCAGCUAAUUGCUCUCUUGGAGUAGAUGCGUUUAAGCCCAUUUAUAGCUACUGUAAUUAUUAUUUUGCUAUUACACGUUUUGUGUGCUUUUUAAAAAAUUAUUUUUUUCUUCUUUCCUGCCUUCCUCUUACUUUGUUACAUAACGAGGACUAGACUGAAGCUCCAUGAAGAAGAGUCUGUCGGGGUCCUGAAAUCAUGAGGGAACUGUACCUGCAGUACCAGUAAAACCUGCUCUCUCUUGAAACAGCCAGUGCUCCCUGGGCUGAGAGCAGCUGAGCUGCUGACUCUUAAUAAU